AUGGUCAGACUAUCCUACAUAUCACUCCUUGCUGGAUCACUCCUUGGUGCGUUCUGCGGAGGCUGGGUGGCCGGCGUAUGCGGCCAGGAUUCGCAUGUGGUCACCCACCAUACUACUAACUGGCCGGCGUGUGGCUUAAGUACGGCUGAGCGGACGGGAAGCCCUGUUCUCCACACCCUAUGGUCGUAUGUGUUUGAAAUCAAGCUAAGGAGUCUAAUAAUAUUGAUAAAGGCUAGAAAGUAUGGGAGUUACAAGGAUCCAUACAUAACCUUAACCUUAGCUUCAGGGGUUUUAUAA